AUGACAUUGUCUAAGGACCAAGACGAAGACCCGGAACUCCAACGCAUACUUAACGCCACGUUGGUCAGCUCUUUACGUUUAGAAGCACGCGAUACUGGUUCAGGACUGGUCUAUUUCGACACUUCGACAACCGGCAGGUCACGUACGUACGUCCCCGUGACACUUCGACGUCGCAUUUUCGACAUCCUGCACAAUCAGGCGCAUCCCGGCAUCAAGGCCACCCUCUCGUUGGUCAAGAAGCGUCAUUGUUGGCCGGACAUGGAUCGGUUAGGUUCGCAAUUGGACCAAACACUGCACUGUUUGUCAACGGACCAAAGUUCGCCGUCACGUGGUAUCACCGACAAUGCCUUUUUCAACACCGGACCGACGUUUCGGCACGUCGACUUGGUCGGACCGUUACAUUCUGCCGACGGUUGCAAGUACAUUCUUACGACAAUUGACAGGUAUACGCAUUGGCCAGAAGCUUACCCAUUAGCAAACAUGUCAGCCCAUGCCGUUGCCGAAAAAAUGGUUUCGCAGUGGUUUUCGCGAUUUGGAGUUCCUUACAUCAUUACAACAGACCAGRGUAGACAGUUUGAGUCAGAGCUAUGCACUGCACUCAGUCAAACUUAUGGUUUCCAACACAUCCGAACUUCGCCUUACCACCCCCAGGCGUAUGGCCUGGUGGAACGUCUUCAUCGUCCGUUGAAAGCCGCACUGGCCGCUCACAAUAAUCCUUUUUGGACCAGAAGUUUGCCGACUGUAUUACUCGUGUUGCGAAGCAUCGUCAAGCCGGAUUUAGGUUGUUCUCCUGCAGAGAUGGUGUAUGGUACAACUCUACGUUUACCGGGUGAGUUUUUUCAUUCCGUACAGCCAGAACCGCGAACUCCAGACUUAAUCUGCGCACUUAAAGAAUCUAUGUUAAUGAUUCGCCCAACUCCGGGUACGGAUCAUUCCAAACACGCAAUCUUCGUGCCGGAGCAGCUCUCUACCACGACACACGUUUUUCUUCGAAUCGACGCGACGCGGAAACCCCUCCAACCGCGUUACGACGGUCCAUUCGCGGUGUUAGAACGCAAAGACAAAACUUUUAAGCUUCAACUCCAUAACUGGACCAGCCGGAUAUCAAUAGACCGCCUCAAGCCCGCUUUACUACUUAGAGAAGACCCGAUCGCGGACCACUCUUAUGCAUCCACUCUCUCGGAGAUCAAAACACACAGCAUCAAUUUUCAACAACGACUGAAACAAGUUCGUUUCUUUUUACCAAGGGGGAGGUAG